GAUUUCGUCUGUCCUUAGACGCCCUGGAGGAGUGCAUGAGGGGAGCACAAAUAAGAAUGCUUACAAGGCACUUGUUGUGGCUGAGUAUACUGGAGUCGAUAUUUAUUUUGUGAAGAAUUUUGAGAUGGGGGUUUCAAACAAAACUCCUGAGUUUAUCAAGAUGAACCCCAUUGGAAAGGUUCCUGUGCUGGAGACACCCGGUGGUCCUGUAUUUGAGAGUAAUGCCAUUGCACGCUAUGUUGCACGUUUGAAGGCUGAUAAUCCUCUCUUUGGUGCUUCAUUGAUUGAAUAUGCUCAUAUUGAGCAAUGGAUUGAUUUUGCAUCAUUGGAAAUUGAUGCCAAUAUUUUGCACUGGUUCAUACCACGAAUUGGUUUUGCUGUUUACCUUCCACCGGCUGAAGAAGCUGCCAUUUCUGCACUGAAGAGAGCUUUAGAUGCCUUAAAUACACACCUUGCUUCCAACACUUACCUUGUCGGACAUUCUGUGACAUUGGCUGAUAUCGUUAUGAUUUGUAACUUGGUUCUUGGAUUUAACCGGAUCUUGACCAAGAGUUUUACCUCUGAAUUCCCUCAUGUAGAGAGAUACUUCUGGACCAUGGUUAAUCAGCCCAAUUUCCGAAAGAUAUUGGGUGAGGUGAGGCAAACUGAAUCCAUCCCACCUGUUCAGUCUGCAAAGAAGCCUUCACAGCCAAAAGAACCUGCUAAACCUAAGUCAAAAGCUGAACUAAAGAAAGAGGUCAAGAAAGAUCUAGUACCGCCUAAAGUAGAAGGGUCUGGUGAGGAGGAAGAGGCACCCAAACCCAAAGCAAAGAAUCCUCUUGAUCUUUUGCCUCCUAGUAAGAUGAUUCUGGAUGAGUGGAAAAGACUUUACUCAAACACAAAGACUAACUUCCGUGAGGUUGCAGUUAAAGGGUUUUGGGACAUGUAUGAUCCUGAGGGAUACUCCUUAUGGUUCUGUGAUUACAAGUAUAAUGACGAGAAUACGGUUUCCUUUGUAACUUUGAACAAGGUGAGUGGUUUCCUGCAACGCAUGGAUUUGGCUCGUAAGUAUGCAUUUGGAAAGAUGCUGGUUAUUGGCUCAGAGCCACCAUUCAAGGUGAAGGGCUUGUGGCUUUUCCGUGGACAAGAAGUUCCUCAGUUCGUUAUUGAUGAGUGCUAUGAUAUGGAGCUGUACGAAUGGAAGAAGGUUGACAUUAAUGAUGAAGCAGAGAAGGAGCGCGUCAAUCAAAUGAUUGAAGAUUAUGAGCCGUUUGAGGGGGAGGCUUUGUUGGAUGCCAAGUGCUUCAAGUGAUAGCACAAAGUGUAAUGUUGUUAGGGUUCUCUUUAUGAUUGACCCCAAUUUUUUGUUUUUCUAGGCUCUUGUUGCGAACUAAUCCAACCUUUUUAUUCUGUUCGCAUUAGUUGUUUUGUAACGUUGAUCAUCACAUUAGUUGUUUUUGGUCUCAUGAUAACUUAGUGGGAUAGCUUAAAUUAUAUCACAUGAGUUUUUCUUA